AUGGCCGAGCACCUGGAACUGCUAGCAGAGAUGCCCAUGGUGGGCAGGAUGAGCACUCAGGAGCGGCUGAAGCAUGCCCAGAAGCGACGGGCCCAGCAGGUGAAGGCGUGGGCCCAGGCUGAGAAGGAGGCCCAGGGCCGCAGGGGCCCGGGGCAGCCACCACAGGGCGCGGCGCGAAAGCGGGUGCUCUUCCCUCCCAGCGUCACCCUCCUCGAGGCGGCUGCCCGCAAUGACCUGGAAGAAGUCCGCCAGUUCCUCGAGAGCGGGGUCAGCCCUGACCUGGCCAAUGAGGACGGCCUGACGGCCCUACAUCAGAGCUGCAUUGACGACUUCCGGGAGAUGGUACAGCAGCUCCUGGAGGCUGGGGCCUGGGUCAAUGCCUGUGACAGCGAGUGCUGGACACCGUUGCACGCCGCAGCCACCUGUGGCCACCUGCACCUGGUGGAGCUGCUCAUUGCUCGCGGUGCUGACCUCCUGGCAGUCAACACGGAUGGGAACAUGCCCUAUGACCUAUGUGAGGAUGAGCAGACACUGGACUGCCUGGAGACAGCCAUGGCCAGCCGCGGCAUCACCCAGGACAGCAUCGAGCAGGCCCGGGCCCUGCCAGAGCUGCACAUGCUAGAGGACAUCCGGAACCUGCUGCAGGCAGGGGCCGACCUCGACGUCCCCCGGGACCACGGGGCCACGCUGCUACAUAUCGCUGCGGCCAACGGGUUCAGCGAGGCGGCCGCCCUGCUGCUGGACCACCGGGCCAGCCUGAGCGCCAAGGACCAUGACGGCUGGGAGCCGCUGCAUGCGGCAGCCUACUGGGGCCAGGUGCGCCUGGUGGAGCUGCUUGUGGCACACGGGGCUGACCUGAACAGCAAGUCCUUGAUGGACGAGACGCCUCUCGACGUGUGCGGGGACGAGGAGGUACGCGCCAAGCUGCUGGAGCUGAAGCACAAGCAUGAUGCCCUCCUGCGUGCCCAGGGCCGCCAGCGCUCCCUGCUGCGCCGCCGCACCUCCAGCGCCGGCAGCCGCGGGAAGGUGGUGAGGCGGGUGAGCCUGACCCAGCGCACCAGCCUGUACCGCAGGGAGCACGCCCAGGAGGCCAUCGUGUGGCAGCAGCCCCCGCCUGCCAGCCCCGAGCCGUUGGAAGAGGAUGAGGACCGCCAGACCGACGCAGAGCUCCAGCCGCCGCCCCUGGAGGAGGAGGACCCUGAGGAGGCCAGGCCGCACAAUGGCCGAGUGGGAGGCCCCCCGGGACGGCACCUGUACUCCAAGCGGCUGGACCGGAGCGUCUCCUACCAGCUGAGCGCCCUGGAGAGCGCCUCCCCCGACGCCCUGGUGCGCGCCAAGGCCCACCACACCCUGGCAGAGCUCAAGCGGCAGCGGGCGGCUGCAAAGCUGCAACGACCCCCAGCUGAGGGGCCCGAGGCUGCUGAGGCUGGCCUGCCUGUGGACACUGAGACCCCCCAGCCAGAGAGUGGCUGUGGGGCGAGUGGAGACCCGCCCCUGCUGAAACUCACAGCCCCCUCAGAGGCGGCCCCUGUGGAGAAGAGACCAUGCUGCCUGCUCAUGUGA